CACAAUCUAGGGACUUUCGUACCGUGAGAUUAGUAACUUCCUCUCUUGUUUCGUUCUUUCAGUUUACUUCAUCGCAAUGGGUAUCAGCAGAGACCAUUGGCAUAAACGGAGGGCUACGGGAGGUAAAAGGAAACCUCUCCGUAAGAAGAGGAAGUUUGAGUUAGGGCGUCCGGCCGCCAAUACAAAAUUGGGCCCCAGAAGAAUCCACUAUGUCCGCACGCGUGGUGGCAACCUGAAAUACAGAGCUUUGAGGUUAGACACUGGUAAUUUCGCUUGGGGUAGCGAAGGCACCGCUCGCAAGUCGCGUAUCAUUGACGUCGUCUACAACGCGAGCAACAACGAGUUGGUCCGUACCAAAACUUUGGUGAAGAAUGCCAUUGUUGUGGUUGAUGCCACUCCCUUCAGACAGUGGUACGAAGGCCACUAUGUUUUACCUCUUGGACGCAAGAAGGGGGCUAAGUUGACUCCUGAAGAAGAAGCCAUUUUGAAUAAGAAACGCAGCAAAAAGGUGCAAAAGAAAUAUGAAACACGGCAAAAGACGGCGAAAGUGGAGCCAGCUCUUGAGGAGCAGUUCCAAACCGGUAGACUUCUAGCUUGCUUGGCAUCCCGACCUGGACAAUGUGGAAGAGCAGAUGGUUACGUUUUGGAAGGAAAGGAACUAGAAUUUUACAUGCGUAAGAUUAAGUCUAAGAAAGCCAAGUGAAGAGUAUUUUAUAAUGGCUUUUAAUAAAAGUUGACACCAA